AUGUCGUCUUCACACUGUUUGGGUAAAGUUCGAGAUUCUCGACGUGAUCGUGUGUCAAUUCGUCGAGCGACUGUGCCAGAUCUUGCCAAUGGAAGUCGAGAAACACACGUCUUAUUCGAUGCAGUCAAUGUUCAAGAUUAUGACCGGGUUCUUGAUCUUCUUCAAUCAGGCGUCGAUCCAUGUAUAUCUGAUAGAUAUGGUCGUACUCCAUUACAUGUUGCCUCAACAAAGAUGAAUGCAGCAAUAGCAAAAGCACUCAUUGAUCAUGGUGCCAAUUUUAAUGCUGAAGAUUCACUUGGUAAUACUCCAUUACAUUUAGCUUGUAUUAGUAGUCGAUUAGCAAUAGUUGGUAUUCUUCUUCGUGCUGGCGCAAAUUUAUCAUCAACAAAAAGUCGUUCAACACCAUUGACUAUUGCGUUAAGUCGUUUGCAAUCAAUGAUGAAUGAAAAACGAACUAUAGCAUCACCAGAAAUAAAAGCUGAAAUUAUUGAACUUAUUCAUUUACUUAAAAGUCGUGCAUUACAAAAAAAUGAAACGUCAUCUAUAUCGGAUCUUUGUAAACAAUUAGAGAAUUUAAAUUCAUCAAUAGUAAUGCCAGCAAAAAAGAAAACACAAGACGAACAACAAUCUAAUACAAAAAAAACACUCUUUCUCAUACGUCAUGGUCAAUCAAUUUCGAAUCGAGAUUAUGAUGAAUCGAGUGCUUAUCGUGAUGCCGGCUUAACUGAACAAGGUAUUAGCCAAGCAAGAGCUCUACACAAAGAACUUGAAGAAUUAGAAAUCGAACUUGCUGUUGUCAGUCCUCUAACACGAGCACUUCAAACAUGUCAAAAUGCUUUACCACCGUCGUAUGAUGGUCCAAUUAUUGUUCUACCAGAAAUUGCUGAAGUUUGUUCAUCGCAUUACAGUUGUGGACAAAAACGUAGUGUUAUCCAACCAAAGUUUCCCACUAGAUUUGAUUGGUCUAAUGUUCCAAUGGAUGAUGUUUGGUGGUGGCCAUAUGAUCAGAAACAUGCUUCUGAAACGCAUGACUAUCAAACAAAACGUAUGCAAAAAUUUCGUCAUUUUGUUCAAGCACGACCUGAAACACGUAUUGCGGUAUUUUCACAUGGUGACUAUUUAUGGGAAUUUUUAGAAGGCGGAAGAUCGUAUCCAGCUAAUUGUCAAGUGAUCACAUAUAAAAUGUAA